GAGGAGACAAUGCGCAGCCGCGUGUUUAGCUCAUCUGACGGUGGUUAGCUCGUGCGUAAUGCGAUGUGCGGCACCGCUGUGUCUAUGAAUAGCCCAUUUUUGUGCAUUAUGGAUGGUCUGCCUCCCAGAUAGCGUGGGAAUUGUGUCGUAAACAUGUUUUGUAAGCGGUUUUCCCAUGCCUAAAUCAUGCGUAAACACUGAUUUUUGGAAUUGGAGAUGCGGGAAUACAAAGUCGUGGUAUUGGGAAGCGGUGGAGUCGGCAAGUCGGCGCUCACGGUUCAAUUUGUGACCGGGACUUUUAUUGAGAAGUACGACCCGACCAUAGAGGAUUUUUACCGUAAGGAGAUCGAAGUGGACUCCUCGCCUUCGGUCCUGGAGAUCCUGGACACGGCCGGCACGGAACAGUUCGCGUCCAUGCGGGAUUUGUACAUCCGAAACGGGCAGGGCUUCAUCCUGGUCUACAGCCUCGUGAACCAGCAAAGUUUCCAAGACAUCAAACCAAUGCGAGACCAAAUCAUACGAGUGAAGAGGUAUCAGCAGGUGCCAGUGGUUCUGGCCGGAAACAAAGUGGAUUUGGUGGAGGAGAGGGAGGUCUCUGUGGGGGAGGGGCGGGCCUUAGCCGAGGACUGGGGCUGUCCGUUCAUGGAAACUUCAGCCAAAAGCAAAACGAUGGUAGAUGAGCUGUUUGCAGAGAUUGUACGACAAAUGGACUUCUGCCCCCUGCCUGACCGGAGGAGAGUGUGCUGUCCCAAGUGCAGCCUCCAGUAGCAACACUAAACUAAACAAAUGGUGCUUUAAAUGAGAGAAGGAGAAAGACAAGAGUGGGUUUACAUUGAGGACUAAAUCAGGACUAAAACCAGGUCUAAACAGGGCUAAACUAAAGGAUGAUCUAGGACAAAAUCAGGACUAAACCAGAUCUAAAAUAGAAUAAACUAGAACUAAUCUAGUAAAUUUAGUACUAAACUAGGUCUAAAUCAGUCGGUAUCACAUCACAACAGUGCUUUAAAUAUGACAAAGGAAAGAAUGCAAGAUUCAACCUGCAAAAUUAGUGUGUUUACAUUGAGGACUAAACCAGGACUAACCCCGGACUAAAGUAGUAGAUAUAUGUCCCAAAUGCAGCCUGCAAAAGUAACAAUAAACUACAUGAUGGUGUUUUAAAUAAGAGACAAAGAGAAAGAAUUCAACCAGUGAUAGACUGGGUUUACAUUGAGGACUAAAUCAGGACUAAACCAGGACUAAAACAGGUCUAAACAUGGCUAAACUAUAGGAUGAUCUAGGACAAAAUCAGGAUUAAACCAGGAUUAAAUCAGGAUUAAAAUAGGAUAGACUAGGACUAAUCCAGGUCUAAACCAGAACUAAACCAACUCUAUACCAAGACUAAACCGGGACUAAACCAGGACUAAACCAGAACCAAACUAAAUGAUAAAACUAGAUUGAAACCAGGACUGCGCUAGGACUAAACUGUACAAUUAAACUAAGACAAAAUCAGGAGUAACCCAAGGCUUAACUGUGAAGGUAAACUAUGAAGAAAACAGGACUAAACUAGAACUAAAGCAGGACUAAACUGUACAAUAAAACGAAAUCAGGAGUAACCCGAGACUUAACUAACUUACCUUAACAAGGAUUAAACCACCAUCAGAACUCAACCAGGAUGAGGUCCUUUAUCAGGACUAAACCUGGACUAAACCAGGAGUUAAGUAGUAGCAUAACGUAGGAAGUAGGACUAUGUCAGGGCUGAAACAAGUCCAAACCAUAUCUAAUCCAGGUCUUAACUAAAACAGGUCCAUAUGCUCAAGCACUUAACGGAGACAGUGGCUGCAUUGAGACUUCCACACCGCAUACUAAUUGGUACUUAACUAGGAGUAAACCUGGAACUAAACCAGGAUUAGACCAGAACUAAACCAGGAUUAGACCAGAACUAAACCAGUUCUAAACCAGGACUAAAUCAACAUUAUUUGCACAUAUUUGAAAAAGCCAAAUCAAAACUGGAUUAAUCAAAUUCUCAAUGUAAACACACAGUGACAGUUAAUCUAUCUGAUAUUUUGACUAUUGCAUUCUGGGAAAUGUAGGCAAAAGACACAAGUGGCCAAAAUUCAGGUUUUAUUUCACAACUCUUUUCUGGACUUUUUUUUCUUUCUACAAUAACUUUUGUCUCAUUCUUCAUUGUCUUCUUUUAUUUAAUUUAUCCUGUUCCCAGAAAAGCAAAAUGGUGCCAAAAUCCUCCAUCAAGAUCAUUGGACCAAGGAAGAAUCUGUGCUAAGGUUUUGGGAACAUUGCCAUGGAGAUAAUGCAAUUCAGCAACUUCUUCAAUCUUAAUACAGUGUAAUGCUGUGCAAAAGUCUUAGGUGAUUUUUUGGAGUUUAAAACAGGACUAAUCCAGGGCUAAACCAGGGCUAAACCAGGACUAAAUCAGGCCUAAACCAGAACUAAACCUGGUCUAAACCAGGACUAAACCAGGAUUAACCCUGGUCUAAACCAAGACUAAACCAGGACUAUACCAGGACUAAAUCAGGCCUAAACCAGGUCUAAGCUUGGUCUAAACCAAGACUAACCCUGGUUUAAACCAGGACUAAAUCAGGACAAAACCAUGCCUGAACCUAGUCUAAACAGGACUAAACCAGGAUUAAGCCAGGUCUAUAUCAGGACAUAAAAAGAUCUAAAUAAAUUAUCAAAUAGGGGUUAAACAACAAAGUAAAAUGGAGUUAAUAUGGAGUAAAGCUGGUCUAAACCAUCCUAGGUCUUGAGCAGGACCUACUAAUAUCAGAUCUAAACCAGGACUAAACCAAAGAACAAAGCCAAGACAAAAUCAGGUCUGAAAUGUAAAUGGUACUAGGUUUUAAGCAGAACUAGAUUAAAUUCCAGGGUUAGGGUUACCAGGACUAAACCAGACCUAAACCAGGACUAAACCAGGCCUAAACCAAGACUAAACCAGAACCAGAAGUCCUCUCAAAGAUUUCUAAAACUUUAGCAGUUUUCAGUAUUUUUGAUUUCUACAUUUGGUUGUGGUGUCACUGUGAGCUGCUGGUCCAGAUGCUCGGCCUGUUUGAGUGAAUGAUUUUAAUGAAUGAAUGUGCAAGAUUAAAUAAAUUGCACCUUUUUGACGUGAAGACCCAAAAAUAUCUAAGUGUCCAAACUAUAAGUGUCCAAACUUCUUGUAGAAUCGUGGGAUUAAGUAAAGCAUGACAAGGUAAAUAAACUGCACUGACACAAUCACAAAAUUACAAAAAAAAACUAGAGGUAUGAUUCUGUCCAUGGCCCAUAUAAUGCUGUUUUUAGAAUCUUUGUUCUAAUGUUUCCUCAUCACAAACAGACCUGGAGUUGUGUUUUGUUUCAUUCACACAUGUUUAACAUACAAACCCUGCAUAUUUAGGCUGAGUUCUUCUCUCAAACAGAAAACACAGUUCCAGCUUGUGAUGUCAUCAUGUGGUAAUACAGGAAGUGCUCCACUGUGUUUUUAAACUCCAUACACCUUUACUAGAAUCAUUCGGAUCAUUUCAGCUCUGGAAUUGCCAAACGUUACUGAACUAAAGGUAAAAGGAGGUGUUAACUUGAAAACUACCACUUCAUGACAUCACAAGGUGGAACUGAACAUUUUGAGCUUUGAAGAUGUAGACAGACUAAUAAUAACGGGUUACUCAAACAUGUGUGAAUGAAACAAAACACAACUCUAGGUCUGUUUUUGAGGAGGUAAAAGGAUUAUAACAUAUCUUAAAGCUCACAAGAGUCACUUUUGUGUGAUAUAGGACCUUUAAAGUGGAAUAGACUGGUCUUUAAAGAUGCACUGUGUAAUUUUUCUGGUAUAGGGUCUG